UAUAUAUAUAUAUACAUAUAUAGUAAUUAUAGUGGUGCGUGUGUGUAUAUAUUGGUGCGAAAAAGGCCGUGAGAUACGGCCGCGAGAUUAGGCCGUAGCGGACGAGUGUGGCGGUGAGAGUUUUCCUUUAAAUUACACGAUCUGCUGGUGCUCACUAGUAGGAAGAGAAGUGGUAUUAGUUGGAGGAAGGUGGUCGUAAGUGGACGAUGGAACUUGACUACGAGAAACGAUUGGCCUAUUCGCCACGCAAACUCGAGGGUCCCGAUCGAAUGAUUCCGCCCCGAGCGAAUGCCCGAUGGCAGUUAAACUUUGACGCAAGUCCGCGAGAACAAAACGAGAAUGUCUAUUCGUGUCUACUUCGGAACGAGUUGCUCGGUGAAAACAUUGAAGACGUUAAACAGUCGACGCCGCCUCAGCGCCUUUUCAAUUACCACAAUCGAUAUAACAAGCAUGACCCAAAUCAGGCAUACCAGUUGUCUCCAAUCUCGUUACGGAGUCAAAAGUUGCUUAAGUCACCUCGAAAGCAAACCCGAAAAAUUAGCAAAAUCCCUUAUAAGGUGCUGGACGCGCCUGAUCUUCAGGAUGAUUUCUAUCUAAAUCUCGUUGACUGGAGUUCUACGAAUGUUCUCAGUGUUGGGCUGGGUGCGUCCGUAUAUUUAUGGAGCGCAGCCACUUCACAAGUUACACGACUGUGCGAUCUACAAAGCGAUAGUGAUACCGUCACUUCGGUUUCGUGGUCGGAACGGGGCUCGUUAGUUGCCGUAGGUACGAACAAAGGUCUUGUACAAGUGUGGGAUGUUGCUGCAUCAAAAAAGACGGUCUGCUUUGGGGGUCACAACGCACGCGUGGGGGCGUUAGCUUGGAAUGGGGAUCUGCUCUGUUCCGGAUCGAGAGACCGCAAUGUGUUCGUUCGGGACAUGCGACAACAGCCGCAAGCUGGUGUCGGAAGUCCUGCACGCAAGCUAACUGGCCAUCGGCAAGAGGUGUGCGGUCUGAAAUGGAGCCCAGAUCAACAACACCUUGCCAGCGGAGGAAAUGACAACCGUUUGCUCGUUUGGACGCUUCAGUCCAAUACGCCGUGUCAGACAUAUACUGAACACCAAGCGGCGGUCAAGGCGAUAGCAUGGUCGCCGCACCAUCACGGCCUGCUUGCUUCAGGAGGGGGUACGGCCGAUCGAUACAUUCGCUUCUGGAACACGCUAACGGCGCAGCCCAUGCAGAGCGUGGAUACAGGCAGUCAAGUAUGCAAUCUCGCCUGGAGUAAACAUGCGUCCGAAUUAGUCAGCACGCAUGGCUAUUCACAGAACCAGAUCGUCGUAUGGAAAUACCCCAGCCUUACGCCAGUCGCGAAACUCACGGGACACAGCUAUCGGGUUUUAUAUUUGGCGGUAUCACCGGACGGGGAAAGUAUCGUGACGGGUGCUGGUGAUGAAACGCUUCGAUUUUGGAACGUGUUUUCAAAGGUGCGGUCUACACGCGAGACCAAGAGUGUGCUCAACCUCUUCACCGGGCUUCGAUAAUAUACGCUAUAUAGUCAAUAUAAUAAAAUUAUUAUGUACUAAUUAAUUUAAAGAGCCGAGUCAGGCUAGCAUCGAAUGGGAGGGAAGUCUCAAGUCGUCGACCAAGUGUUCUUCGGAUACGCGAAAAACCUAGGACUUCGAUAUGAUGACGAAGAGAAUGCGACAACAGAACGUGAAUUGCUGGACGGAUCAGAUACGAGAACGUUAGAAUAUAGACACGAUUAUAUCCGCUAAGACGUCAACAUACUGGAACUGUAGGAACAUGUACAUGAAGAUUCGUAGGGAGGUUCUCUUCGGAAAACUAGGCUAAAAAAUUAGGCAACGCAUCACACGAUGGUGUUCAUAACGGAAACAAGAAAAAGGUGAAAAAUCCCUUUAGAAUCCACCCUCAGAACUAUCAGCUUAUUAUUAGAGGAGACAUUAUGUGGAAAAAAGACAACAUUAGUAGCAACAACUAGGAAGACUCUUAUAAUCCAGAGGAACGACCCCCAGGCUACAGCAACAACGAAAAGACCAACAUCAACAACAUCAAAACAAUAUCAAUCGCAAAAGCUCCACCACACGGUAAACUAAUAAAAAUAUUAAAUAUAUACUUUAAAAAUCUAGAUAUAUAUAUAUAUAUAUAUACAAAUAUAUAUAACAAAACAUUUAAUAAUAUAUGCGAAAAGAAGGAAAAGUCGCUUGUUGGAUACAAACGCAUAAGCGUUCUCAGUCUCUGUAUAAAUCUGAAACAACUGUGAGACAGUGAGGAAUACGACUGCGUGACAUGAACGAAUGGCGAAAUGAUCGAUCUGUAUAAAUGGUACGGGUGGAAAAAUGCCGUGGCUGUACCAGGUUUCUUGUUUGCAUGCGGCCCAACGUCAUGGCACACAUCUAAAUAUGACAACAAAGCAAACGGAUCAUGGAAAUGGCGAUGGUAGCUAAUGACGAUGCAGAUAUUAUAUGGAUCCUGCGUCGAACCUUCUCGUGCGAGCUUCAUGGCCGGUCUCGUUGGAAUUAUAGUGUGGAUAUACUGAUCAUAUUUGUUUAAGAACGCGUUGGUUGGUUAGUUUGCUUGGAAAGUGCAGAAAAACCCAAGUCCCAUUAACAUGGUUACACAUUAGUUUCCGAGCAUGCCAUCGCCAUUAAUUAUAUAUAAGUAAUAUAAAUAUUAAUUAUAGCAGACGUGUUUAGGAAAUUCUUUGAGAAUAUGUUUUGUUGUGCGAUAAACAAAGGACAAUAGGAACGAAAAAAUGUCGCUACUUGCUCCGAAAAAGUGACACACUCUACGAGGAUGAUUAAACAAGAAAAUUAAUUGUAUAUGCACCGCGAACGUCGAAACGCAAAAGAAACGCUCGUGUACAUGGAAGCAGAGUUCUCUGAUUGAGUAUUACCUACAAUAGAUAGAUAAUCGGACGCAUGUUUGAACGGAACAACGUUUACAUUGAGCUAUUGAGGUCAAGGAAGCCAUCAUGGAGUUAUAUAUUAUUGCUAUAUUUAGAUGAUUAUCGUUUUGAGGGGUGGCACAACUGACUGAAAGCUGGAUAGGAUUGCGGUUAUUGUUCUGCGUUGUCUAUAAUCGAUCAGUUAAUUGAUAUAAUCGAUUGUUCCGACUAACUGACUGACUAAUUGACUGUACAGUAGUACGUUUAUGCAAUUACAUUAUGUACCAUUUCUAUUAUUCAUAUUUUUGUCAACGACUAUUCUCCAGUUUGAUAAUUACGCCUGUUUUUUUUUCAUUCAGUAGUCAAAUGGUACCGGUUACUAAGAUUAUAUAUAUAUAGUGUGUGUAAGCACAAGGAUAGGCAGGAAGAGGUACGGCUUGGCCAAAGAUGACAGACUGGCUAAAUGGAACAGAGGUGGCUAACCUGAAGCAUCGGAAGGCAGAAACAAAGAAGACUCGACGAAAUUAGCUUUAUAGCUAAAAUUAGAGUUGCAAAAUGCACACAACACAUGCCUCGAACGAUGCGGACCGGAUGCCAGAGACCGUUUGCAAGCCUGAUGGUAAGGUCCGCAUAGGACAUUUUGUCAGAGGGAAAUGUGGCAGUUGAUGCGAAAACGAAGCUUACCUUACGAGGUCAGAGUGCGUGAAAUCUGUCAAAUGAACUGCUAUCUAGAACAGUGCAUACCGCUCCUCUGUAGUCAAGUGUCAUCAUUGCACUAAAAAGCCCGCUCCUUGUAAGGGGCGAGGCUUCUCCUGUGCGUACUGUGUCAGCCUCUAGUCGUCAAACUGGCGGGAAGAAGCAUAGCAGAUACUUAUAAACCUAACAAACAUAAUAUUAAUAAUAAUAAUGCACGGGGGAGUUACACAGUUAGACUUGAGCAAACAGCAGUUAUGAUUAGUACGAAUGGCGUAAAAUAAAUUCCAUAGACAACACGAGGCAAUUUUCGGUGCGAAGUUACGACCCGGCCGUGACAGCUAAAUUCGCUGCUACAAUCGUAUUUUCAAGUGGAUAAUUAAACUUCUAAAUGGAAACAAAAACUAGCACUACACACAGCAGUGCUUACAGGGACGAUCUGGAAGUGGGGCAAAAAACCAUAGGAAAAAUUGUCACGUUCGCGUUGUAGUGGUUCGCGAAUUUCGGUUAAUAUGGGCUAGUAGUAAAACAGAAUGAUUGGCAUAUAAGAUCUUUUCUUCCUAGACCAUGUUUUGCUCGCGAUAAUGCGAAAGCGUUGGAUCAUCAAGCUAGCUAGGUCUGUUUUGCGGAAAGAAUGGGAAUGCAAGCAGUAACCGUACGACGCAUGCGUUUAUAUUUACUGAAAAUUAUUGAGUUCAUUUCGCACAAUGCAUUAUUAUUCAUGCUGCGGAAAAGCAGGGCAAUCAUUUUUUAUUACUACCUCUAUCAAUUAUGUCUAAGCUGCUUCCUGUCCGGGGCGAGUGGUUUGUGGCAAUACCUGUGAAUACACUGUACAGAGAAUAUAUAAGAAGCGGAAAGGAGAAAAUAAAUUUCUGCAUACAUUUAAACGUACUU